GUGUGCUUGUAAUAUACUGUCCAAGGUAUAUACUUCACCAUAAAAAUCUUGCUAAUCGUCUGGGAUCAACAAACAGGUUUAUAGAAAACCCGACUAGCUGCAAAACAGAAAUUAUACUUUCAAGUCUUCCAAAAUAUCAUCUGUCAGAAGAUCAGCGCUUCAGCUCCCUUGGAUUAUCCCGAUUUCGUUAGUGCUGAAAACAUGUGAAUUCUCGCUUGUGCCGCUGCGCAACGUUGAAGUAUCACUGCCUCUUCCCAUCUUCUAGCUCCCCUGAAGUAGUACUUAAAGAUAUACGAUUGACAUUCGUACAAGUGCCCCCUCACAUUUUCGUCAUGGAUCCUGCUACACUCUUGUGGACCCUUUCCAGUCUUGCAGCCACACUUAUGAUUUUUCGACUGUCCACCGUGCCAUCCCACUUGCGCCAUCUCCCUCGUGUGCCUAUUUUCCCUCUUCUGGUUAGUUAUCUAUCAGGUGAGGUCGAGGAUGUGCGCAUCAAGCGCCUCAUUUUGCCAUACGCAAAUGAGAGAGGCGAAGGACUUGUUCUCGUGUGGGCGCUAGGCCGAUGGAUGGUUCACAUUAUUGAUCACAAGCUUGCGAUUGAAAUGACAGAGAACCCUUUGUUAUACCCGAAAGAGCUACCCCCCGAUGGUCUCUUGUUAUGGCGAUUCAUCGGGAGCUCAAACAUCCUCAUGUCAAAUGGUGACCGAUGGAAGAAACAUUCCACAGUCAUCCGAGACGCGUUCAAUCUCUCUAUCCCUGUCGACCAGUUCACAUACCUGUCCAGGAACCUCUUUGAUGUCAUAAACCCGCCCUCAGAUGAGAAUGACACCCAUACUGUCGACUUCGCCGAACUCGCGCAGCGUUUUGCCCUCGAUGCAGUUGGGUCUUCAGUCCUUGGGCACGACUUUGAUGCUAUUCACACCGAGUCUUUGUUCGUCAAAGAGUACAAUGGCAUUAUGCAUGAUAUUGCCAAUCCUAUCUACCUGCUUAUGCCCUUCUUUGAGAAGGUGUUUCCUCGCAAGAAAGUCAUCAAGCGCAUGGACGAUUUGGUUGAUAAGUUUCAAAUGCUGCUCCAAGCAAAACGCACCGACCCUGGAGAUGACAUGAUGACUUUCAUGCUAAAAGAGCCUACAAUGUCCGAGGAGGAGCUUCGUGAUAAUAUGGUCGUCCUCUUCAUAGCUGGUCAUGAUACUUCUGCGGGAGCUCUCUCCACUCUUAUUUACUUCCUUGCGAUUCAUCCAGAAAUUCAAGCCGCCGCGCGCGAAGAGACUCUUCGUAUUCUUGGACCUACUUCUGAUCCCAGCGUUGAUACCCUCUCCGCUGCGUCAUUACCUUAUCUCAACGCUUGCAUCCGCGAAGCUCUUCGUAUCAACACUCCUGUCUCGUAUAUCGUCCCUCGUGUCACCGCGAAAGAUGCCACCCUUGGAAAGUACUACAUUCCAUCUAACACUUCACUCAUAUUUAACAUCUACGCCCUUCAUCACCGCAACGACGUCUGGGGUGACCCUAAUGCUUUCAGGCCCGACCGCUUCCUCGAGAAGACUGAGGACAGUUCGAAUCUCAAGGAUGCUUGGGUUGCUUUCGCCUCUGGACCUCGGCAGUGCCCUGCUCGUAACUUUGCGCUUUACGAGCAGCGUGCUCUAGCCGUGAUGUUGCUGCGGGAGUACGAGUGGACAUUACCAGCAGAUUCGAUUCAUCGAGAUGGUUUGAAGAACGCCUUCUCCCCUUUUGCCUUAACGCUUCCCCACGACCUUCAUAUCACUUUCACAAAGCGCAAGUAGUAGAGGAUGACACUCUUCAUGAUAAUCUCCAUUAGUUUCGUCUGACAAUGUUGCUCAAGGUACUUACUUAAGAUUAGGGGUUAUGUUUGAUUAUGGCAACAUUCAAUACAACGUGAUACUGACUUUUGUUACCGUAAUUUGCAAAUACUAAGCAGCUAGCUAUGUU